AUGUUCCAUUCUAGAAGGUCGCGCGAGAGUAAAGUAAUAGAUUCCGAGGCUUUGGCAGCCGCCUCGGCAAUUGGGAGAGCCCUGGACAAAAAAGGAACUCGAGUGGACGUCGAGAAAUUGCCACGCUAUAACAGCAUCUCUAGAUCUAACUCAAUGGCACGGGCCAUGUCUAUGAGCGGAAGAGCUAAUAGCCUGCGUUCCAAGCGUGAUUCGCUACGCAGUUCGAGCCUGCAAAUGAAAAAGCCACAGGCACGAGACAGCAUCGACGAGAGCGAGUUUUUCGACGCUGAAGACACCUUUCAGCAAUUUGGUGGACCCCAAGCACAGAACAAACAAGUGACAGUCAAAAAGUACGUGCCUGGUCCUAGUGGGCUCAGACUAGUUGAGGUUCCCAUUUCUGAAGUCCAAAAACCUCCCAGCAGACGCUCCAGCCUGAAUAGACGCUCCACAUCUAUGAACAGCGGUUUGAAUGUACGCAACAAUUCUUUGAACAGAAAAUCAUCAAUGGGAUCCCAGCCUUCACUCACUAAGAGGGGCGAACAGGGUAAUGGAGGUGCACCUAAGAAACACGAGUUUAUGGCAAGUCGUUCAGACAAUCAAAAGAUGAAUAAGCCUCUUGCACAACAGCCUGUCAAGGAAGAGACAGAUGAACAAUUGCAAAAGGACAUUGUCCAUCCUAUCAUCAUACCGUCUUCGCCUAAAAAAACUAUCUCCAUACCUCCUUCUUUGCCAGAGAUUGUAACCCUUGAGCCAAAUAGCGAAAGUCAAGUUAAGAUAGAUACCUCGACCUCAAAAGCAUUGGAUGCAAUUCCUAAUGUUCGGGUGAACGAUCCAGCGUUUCCCUUACCUCCAAAAGUUCUAAUCUCACCCCCCAUCGAGCAUGGUCCAAUAUUAGGACAUGCUGAAAUAAAUUCAGAGCCAGUAUUCAAGAAGGAGCCAUCUGGUGAAAAAAGUCUACCCAAAAAAACAGUCGAGGAUGUUAUCAAUGAUGAUCCUGAAAGCUCCGCAAAUCCCGAGACUCAAGGUCCGAAACUAACGACCGCCGAUGAGGCAGGAAAUAGCAUGGCAAAAUACAUGCGUUCGGCUAAUCAGUAUUUGAACAAAGCACAAGAAAAAUUGAAAGAAGAAACCGCAGAAAUCAAGACAAGUGGAGAUCUUGACAAUGCGUCAAAUGACAAAAACGCUGAUAACAUAGAGACUCCUUCAUUAGUUAGGACCCAUUCCCCUAUGAAGUCUGCACUAAAAAAGACAGUGAGUAAAAACGCUGCGAAAAGUAAGUUUUCUGAUGAUAGAAAUUCUACAGCUCAUGACGCCUACAUUUCUUUGGCAACCGCAGAAAAUACGAGACUCAAUGCUCAAUUGUCCAAUGAGCAAAGCAAGCGUCAACCCCCAGUUCAAAAGGUGCGGCCUUCUUCUAUGAUAAAUGGCGAUUCUAGGUUUCAAAAAGAGGGACCAACAACAAAUAAGCCAAAGCAUCGGUCAAUGCAAGCGCCUCUUCGCGGCGAAGUUCAGCCUCCAGUUAGGUCAAGUAGACGACCUGAUUCCGUCAGGAAGACCAAAACUACGAAACCUCAGGGCACAGUGAAGACCUCACAGCCCAGGAACGAUAAAUCAAUGUUCUAUCCUCCAGAGCCACCCCAGAAAAGGUCAAGUUUCGAAAAGGUUAGGCCUGACCAAAGCCACAUGGGUUUCAAAAAGCUUUCGUUGAGAGACUCGAUGGCAGAGGAAAUAGACGAUCAAGGUUUAAGCGGUAAUAACCCUCAACCAGAAACGUUUGUUUCAAGAAAGGGGCAAGCACCUCUUGCACAGAAUUCUCAUCAAACUCCAUUAUCAACUGGUGGAAAUUGGAGUUCUAGAUUCCAAGAUUCUGAUUCUGAAGAUGAAGUACCUUCAUAUUCCGCUCCUCAGCCACAUGCUUCGAAACCGACUGGAAAAAGUGGACCAUUUUCCUUCAAAGGCAAAAAGGAAAAUACCUUUCAACCUCCUCAACCCAAGUUCGCACAAUCUUCAACAGCCCCAAACUCUAACCAUAACACGCCCAAUAAAAAGAUUAGUACCUUGUCGCUGAGAUCGGCUAGCACGAUGAGCAACAACUCCCCAGCAAAAACUGGCAAUAACCUGAACAACAGAUUUUUUAGCGAGCAACUUCCAGCUGCGGGACCCGAACACGAGGAGGCUACAAAAAAGAAGAAGAGUUUCGGUAAAAAACUCAAAAAGCUCUUUGGUAGAAAGUAA